AUAGAACCAUAGCUCCACCGUCAAUCAAUGAAGCACCAACACCACCACACUGCCAUCUUCUUUUCGGCGGCAGCGGCGCUGCUGCUGGUGCUGCUGCCGCUGUCCGCCAGAGCUGCAGCUGCACCGGCGCCGUUGUUAGCGAAGUCAGCCUGCGACACUAGCUGCGGCAACAUAAGCGUGUGGUACCCGUUCGGUAUUGGCCCGUCCUACUGCUACCACUCGCCGGGGUUCAACCUCACCUGCGACCGGUCAAGCAAUCCGCCGCGGCUCCUCCUUGGCGACGGCACCCUUCAGGUCUCCCAGCUCUACAACAGCCAGGUAGAAGUCGUCUAUACCGGCGAGCUUAACGGCACGCUCGGUGGCGGCCUCAGCGACAGCGGGCCGUACACGGUGUCGGACGUUAACAACCUCAUCCUCGUCGGCUGCAACGCCCGCGCGACGCUCAGGAACGGCGACAUGAUCAUGAGCAGCUGCGCCUCCUUCUGCCAAAACGGGGACGACUCGUACAUCCCGUCAUUCCGGGAGAGCAGGAUGCGGUGCUCCGGCUGGGGCUGCUGCCAGGCGCCCAUCGUCGUCAAUCGCGAGGUGCUGGCUGGUUCAGGCCAGCUCGUCCCCAUCACGUCCUACGACGUGGAGCUCGAGUCUUUCGGGUGGAACCGCAGCGACGGCCGCGCGCGCGUGAUCGUCGCGUCCAACGGCUGGUUUGAUGCGUUGAGCGGCUCGCGGCAGAAGAAGCACUCCAUACAAGCUCCCUUUGUGCUCGAAUGGGAGAUCAUCAUCGAUAGCCACGACAACGGCACGCAAGGAUUGCAGAGCUCGGCCGGGUGCGCUAGAGCCUGCAGGAGCAACCACACCAUCUGCACACAAGGCCAAAGAGGCGGCUACUUGUGCUCCUGCAGAAGGGGAUACCAGGGCAAUCCUUAUAUCACCAGGGGAUGCCAAGACAUCGAUGAAUGCAAGCGGUCAGAACAUUAUGGGUGCUUCGGCCAAUGUACCAAUACAGUUGGUUCGUUUCAGUGCCACUGCCAACAGGGAACCAGUGGCGACCCCAAUACGCGUGGUGGCUGCUUCAAUUUCCUCAUAGGUGCAGGUGCAAGUGCAAGUAACUGUAGCACAUCAUGCGGCAACAUGAGUGUGCCAUACCCAUUUGGCAUAGGCCCGCCCAAGUGCUACCUGCCAGGUUUUAACCUCACAUGCGACACAAGCCGCGACCCCCCACAACUGAUGCUGGGUACACUCCGAGUUGUCGACAUCUCUCUCCCUAACAACACAUUGCGCGUCAUCAAUACCGAUCAACUACUUCUUUGCGGUGCCAGAAUCGGGAUGAGGCUCACACAUCUCUGGAUGGGCCAUGGUGACACAAUGCCCUACUCGUUGUCAACCAACAAUGAGCUCAUUGUCACCGGCUGCAGCGUGCAGGCGGGGCUGUCCGUCGGGGAUAGCAAUCGGGCAAUCCUCGGUGGUUGCUCGUCCUUUUGUUCCGCAAACGAAAAUGGAACCUUUGAUGCCGCGAGUGCAGCUGGCAUUGACGACGACUACUGCUAUGGCUUGGGUUGCUGCCAAGCACGCAUCUCCAUGUCCAAGAAUGGCAUGCCUAGUGAAUUCUGGUUCAAGUCGCUCCAAAUUUGUGCCUCUGAUAAGGAAUAUCCAGACGCAUACACGUUCAUCGCAGAGGAAGGUUGGUUCAACAAGCGUCGAGUCUUUUCACAGCUUCCCAGAUCCUCAUGGAGAGAAAAUCAAGGAGCCAUACUGCAUGUCCCCUUAGGUCUAGACUGGGAGGUCUUGCAAUUGCAAUCUAGUGGCUUGGGGUUGAAAACUAACGGGAGCUCGCAACAAUAUAUCAAGUGUCCGGGCAUCUGUAAGAGCAAGAACAGCCUCUGCAAACCAAGGAUUAGAGGCUAUUCGUGCCACUGCAACACUGGCAACCCUUAUCUUGUUGAGGGAUGCAAAGGUGGUGGCCGCACAAAAUUUAAAGGUAUGAGCAUCAUCAUAGGAAUUGCUGCUGGAUCUGGACUUGUACUUCUUUUUCUCACCGGAAUGUUUAUUAAGAAGAAACUGAAACACCGGCGGUCUCAAAUGUUAAAGCGUAAGUUCUUCCAACAAAAUCGUGGACAACUGUUGCAGCAAUUGGUAUCCCAAAGUGCUGGUAUUGCGGAAAGGAUGAUCAUAACCUUAGAAGAGCUAGAAAAGGCAACACAUUGUUUUGAUAAAGAUCUCAUUGUUGGUGGUGGAGGGCAUGGUAUUGUUUACAAAGGGAUUUUAUCGAACCAACAUAUUGUGGCCAUCAAGAAACCCAAGAAGGUGAUCCAGAAGGAGAUCGAUGGGUUUAUCAAUGAGGUAGCUAUCCUAUCACAAAUCAACCAUAGGAAUGUAGUAAAACUCUAUGGUUGUUGUCUUGAAACUGAAGUCCCGAUGUUGGUCUAUGAGUUCAUAUCAAAUGGGACCUUUUACGAGCAUCUUCAUGUCGAAGGACCGAAAUCAUUGUCUUGGAAUGAUAGGUUGCGGAUUGCCACUGAGGCAGCAAAAUCUCUCGCAUAUCUUCACUCAGAUGCAUCAAUACCUAUUGUUCAUAGAGAUGUCAAGUCUGCUAACAUACUUUUGGAUGAUACCCUGACAGCAAAGGUAGCAGAUUUUGGAGCUUCAAGGUGCAUUCCAAUGGAUAUAUUUGGGGUUAUGACAAUGGCCCAAGGUACGAGAGGAUACUGGGAUCCUAUGUACUUUUAUACAGGGCGGCUAACUGAGAAAAGUGAUGUUUACAGCUUUGGGGUCGUCCUUGUGGAACUGCUAACCAGGAAGAAACCAUUUUUGUAUUUGUCCUCGGACGACGAGAGCCUUGUUGCACAUUUUGUUACAUUGUUCGAAAAAGGACAAUUGAUGCAGAUAUUAGAUCCACAAGUUAUGGACGAAGGACGCGAAAAAGUCAAAGAAGUGGCUACUAUCGCAGUUGCAUGUGUCAAAUUAAGAGGGGAGGAUCGUCCUACCAUGAGACAAGUGGAGUUGACACUCAAUGGCGCACAUGCAUCUACGGAGCAAAGUUCAGAUAAUAUAUAUCCAGCAACAAAGGGCGAAAGCAACACCGAGGGGUCGACUAGACAAUACAGUAUGGAGCAUGAGUUCAUCUUAUCUGCAGAGUACCCUCGGUGGUUUCGCCUACAUGCAAAUGAGACGGCCUCUUUUAAAUCCGUACUAGGGAUUUCUUUGCAUUAAGUUGGCUUAGGCAGAGUGUGCUCUGGUGAGAGCUUUAUUUUUGUUGUUACUGAACCUACGUAGUGUAAGGUAGCUCUUGUUCUUGAACACUCGCUGUAGAAGAAAUAAAUUGAAAUUGUUAUC